UGUUCGGUUUACAGGGAGCCACGCCAUGUUACUCUUCAUUAUAGAGCAUAUACUCUUGGGCCUGUUACUGACAGUUCUCAUUAGUAUAUACGUCAACAAGGGCAAAGCUGAAUUGUACCGUGUGGUGGUGGUCGGUUUGAAAGCACUACCCGGCGUGGAAGGUUUGAUACAAAGUUACCUCCACAAGGAGGCCACUGGUUUUAUUAAACAGAUCAAGUUGGGAGACUCGGAAGGAAAGCCACCAAGAGUAUCACUGCCUAAGGAAGGUAUUUCUCACGAUGAACUACGUCAUCAGCUGGCUGGUCUGAAAGAGAAGGAAGUCGACCACAGCGAGGGUAAGGUCUUCGCCUACGUCUACACCCUGGACGACUCGCAUUACAACCUCCAGGCGGACAUAUUCGACCAAUUUGAAGAAUCAGUUGGUUACUCUGUAGAACAUGAUGCUCUGGUGCAGGAGUUUCAACAGGCGUUUCUACACGAAAACGCCCUGAAUCCAGUUGUGUUUCCAAGCCUCAGAAAGAUGGAGACGGAGAUCGUGAGCAUGACGGCCGCCAUGUUGAACGGAAGUGAGGACGCUGUAGGCUCCCUGACAACAGGCGGAACAGAAAGUAUCCUGAUGGCUGUGAAGACAUUCAGAGAUCGCGCCAGGAAACUGUUUCCACACAUCACACACCCAGAGAUUGUGUGUCCUAUAACUCAGCACCCGGCAAUAGACAAGGCUGGACACUAUUUCGGGGUCAAGAUCAUUCACACACCAGUGGAUUCGGAAUUUAAGGCAGAUCUUAACGCUCUGAAAAAUGCUAUAACACCCAACACGAUACUCCUAGCGGCGUCGGCUCCCCAGUACUGUCACGGAAUCAUCGACCCAAUCGAAGAGAUAUCGGACAUCGCUGUCAAGAGAGGACUUCCACUGCAUAUCGACGCUUGCUUUGGAGGAUUUAUGUUGCCAUGGCUGGAGAAACUGGAAUAUCCCGGUAUACCUAAAUGGGACUUCCGUUGUGCUGGAGUGAUGUCAAUAUCUGCUGAUAUCCACAAAUAUGGAUAUGGCGUGAAGGGAUCUAGUGUGAUUGUGUACAGGAACUCUGACCUCCGCAAGUAUCAGAUCUACACGUAUUCCGAGUGGCCAGGCGGAUUGUAUGGAUCUCCCAGUAUGGCGGGAACCAGACCAGGAGGUAACAUUGCAGCGUCCUGGGCCUCGAUGAAGGCUCUAGGCGAGUCGGGAUACAUGAAGAAAGCCAAAGAACUGAUGGACAUUACCGAGACUCUUAAGAACGGUAUCAGGAAAAUAGAUGGACUAUGUAUUGUGGGGCAACCAAAAAUGACGGCAUUUGCCAUUGGUUCAGCGGAUCCCGACAUGGAUAUUCUCGCCGUCUGUGACGUCAUGGAAACAAGAGGCUGGACGAUGGAGCGACAACAAAACCCAACCUGUAUCCACUGCUCCAUACUCCCUCACCAUCGCAACUCCAUGGGUACAUUGCUGGACGAUCUAGCGUUCAGCGUGAAAGAGGCCAAGGCUAACACAUCUCUGUCUAAGAAAGGAACAGCAGGCAUGUAUGGGAUGAUGGCUAUGGUGCCCGACAAAGCCAUCAUCAAUGAAUUUAUUGCAGAAUUCUUCAGCGAAAUCUACAAGAUUCAGUAACCUUUACCAACUAGUAUGGGACUGAAUAGCCAAGACUAGGCCAUCAUGGAUGAAUUUAUUAAGCAAUAAUCAAACUAGUUUAUUUGUUCUAGGGUUGACCACCCUGUAACAGUGAAUGGCACGUUACAUGUAUAAAACUAUAACACAUUUAUCAAAAUCAAAUUAUCAGUAUACAUAAAUGCCUAUUGGUGCGCAUGCGCGAACCGAUAGGUUGAAGUUUUAGAGGUCUCCGUUAAAAACUACGAAAUAAUUGUUUUUGGAUAUUUUUCUGAGUCUGUGUGACGAAAUAUUCUUUGGAAACCAUUUCGGGUAUGUUCUGGAGUGUGUGGUGAAAAUGCGGGUGAUAUAAGAAAGUUUUCGUACAUGGACGAUAAACGUGCAGUGUUGCCUCGUGUUGCUCGUGCUAUUCAGCGGCCAUCUUGACCCCGACAGGCAAAAUUAUUUCAAUCGCUCAAUGGAGAAUUUCUAUCGGAACUUUUAUACACAAAUUUAUUACAUAAUUCUUCAGUACAAGAUUCAGUAACCUUUAUCGACUGGAAUGAUAAUCAAAGACUGAAUAUCCAAGACAAAAGAGUUGUUAGACGGACAAAUCAGUCUUAAUAAUGACCAAACCUUUGUUACCUAUGUUCUUACAAAUGACUAAAACUUUGCUACAAUAUGUUCUUACAAAUGACUAAAACUUUGCUACAAUAUGUUCUUACAAAUGACCAAAACUUUGUCACAAUAUGUUCUGACAAAUGACUAAAACUUUGUUACUAUAUGUUCUUACAAAUGACUAAAACUUUGUUACAAUAUGUUCUUACAAAUGAUCAAAACUUUAUCACAAUAUGUUCUGACAAAUGACUAAAACUAUGUUACUAUAUGUUCUUACAAAUAACUAAAACUUUAUUACCAUAUGUUCUGACAAAUGACCAAAACAUUGUCACAAUAUGUUCUGACAAGUGACCAAAACUUUGUUACUAUAUGUUCUUACAAAUGACUAAAACUUUGUUACAAUAUGUUCUUACAAAUGAUCAAAACUUUGUCACAAUAUGUUCUGACAAAUGACUAAAACUAUGUUACUAUAUGUUCUUACAAAUGACUAAAACUUUGCUACAAUAUGUUCUUACAAAUGACUAAAACUUUGCUACAAUAUGUUCUUACAAAUGACCAAAACUUUGUCACAAUAUGUUCUGACAAAUGACUAAAACUUUGUUACUAUAUGUUCUUACAAAUGACUAAAACUUUGUUACAAUAUGUUCUUACAAAUGAUCAAAACUUUAUCACAAUAUGUUCUGACAAAUGACUAAAACUAUGUUACUAUAUGUUCUUACAAAUAACUAAAACUUUAUUACCAUAUGUUCUGACAAAUGACCAAAACAUUGUCACAAUAUGUUCUGACAAGUGACCAAAACUUUGUUACUAUAUGUUCUUACAAAUGACUAAAACUUUGUUACAAUAUGUUCUUACAAAUGAUCAAAACUUUGUCACAAUAUGUUCUGACAAAUGACUAAAACUAUGUUACUAUAUGUUCUUACAAAUAACUAAAACUUUAUUACCAUAUGUUCUUACAAGUGACCAAAACUUUGUUACUAUAUGUUCUUACAAGGAAGAAAAGAAGGAAAUGGUUUAUUUAAUGACGCACUCAACACAUUUUAUUUACGGUUAUAUGGCGUUGGAUGUUCUUACAAGUAACUAAAACUUUGAUACUAUAUGUUCUUACAGAAGACAGAAACUUUGUUAAAUAGAACAUGUUGCUUUUCAAAAUUGUGAUUAUAGUUAUUUGACAUUAAACUUUGAAAUAUGA